CGACAUGCAUGCCAGCAGCUCGUCACACACACGCACCUACGAGCCGAGAGAAGUGUGCCAUACAUAAUGUGAAGACACCCAUGGCGGGCCUACCUGUCAUGUAUCUUGUGAAAAGCGAGAGAUACGGACAUUGCGUUGAUUUCCUGCUGCGGAGCGACCGCAAGGCUCGGACUUAAAACUUGCAUUCUUUUCAGAUCAAUACGUUUUCGAAGAUGAACGACUUUCCCAGCUCCAUUGGUUUCUACCAAGAGCCACGGGGUGCUGAAGAGGCUUCAGUUCACAGUGAUAUUGACGAGGUGAUUGACCCCAUCAGUGACGGCAAUGGCAUCGUCACGCAUGCUCCAAAGGAGGGCUUCCGACUAGGAUACAUCGACGUAGCCUGUCUAGUCAUCAACCGUAUGAUUGGAACUGGUAUAUUCAUGUCCCCACAAAGAGUAAUGCGAGGCACACGAAGUGUUGGUGCAACGCUACUCUUCUGGUUGGCCGGGAUAAUAUAUUGUCUUUGCGGAACCCAUGUGUACAUUGAGUAUGGCUUGAACGUGCCCAGAUAUCUGAUCAAUGGGCACGACCACAGCGUCCCGCGAAGCGGUGGUGACCUCGUCUACCUACAAUACGUUUUCCGCAAGCCAGCCUACCGGAAGAACACUUUGCUCUUGUCGACUUGUAUAUUUGGCAUCAGCUUUAUCAUUUUGGGUAACAUGGCGGGCAACAGCAUUCACUUUGCCAUGCGACUUCUCGAAGCCGCCGGCAUAUCGGAACCAGGAAACGGCCCUGUGCGCGGCAUCGCCCUUGCUGUAGCUACAUUCUCUUGUGGAAUCCAUGCUUUCUCUAGACGCGGGGGAAUUUUGCUCAACAACAUCCUCGCGGUCGUCAAAAUCAUGAUCAUGCUUCUCAUCAUUGUAGCAACGAUUGUCGUUGGUGCAGGAGGAUUUCCAAGUGCCAAGAAUGUCUUUGGCGAAAACACUUCGCCCAAGAAUUCUUUCAAAAACGCGUCAAACGAUGCCAACAGCUACGCUCAAGCGUUUCUCGCUAUCAUCUUCAGCUUCUCCGGCUUCGAGCAGCCCAACUAUGUCCUUGGGGAGAUCAGUAGGCCGAAGAAGAAGUUUCCUAUCGCCAUGGGUGCCGGUGUUGGCACCGUUGUGACGCUUUACCUUGCGGUGAAUAUUUGCUAUGUGAGUUCAUUUGCUCGGCUCUUGGUUCCACCCUACAUUCGGGAUCGGGAGCGGGGAAGAAAGCUUUGCUGACUUCGAGUUAGAUGGUUGUUGUCCCAAAAGAGGA